AUGGGGAAGCGAAAGCAAUUGAAAGAUGGCGAUGUUGAGAUGGGCAAUGACGGCCGCGUGGGCGACGAGAGCAGCGACGAGGAGAUGGAAGUGGUUAAUGUAGAUUUCGAAUGGUUUGACCCCCAACCUGCCGUCGAUUUCCACGGCCUCAAAGUGCUGCUCCGCCAGUUGUUCGAUACAGAUGCACAACUCUUUGAUCUAUCCGCUCUCACGGAUCUUAUACUAUCGCAACCGCUGCUGGGGUCUACGGUGAAAGUAGAUGGCAAUGAAACGGAUCCAUAUGCAUUUCUUACUGUUUUGAAUUUACAUCAACACAAGGUGAGCGCUGUAAUUGGGAAUCGACAACAUUGUGCGGCUAAUUCGUUCCGGCAUGAUAGGACCUGCCUGUCAUACAGUCCUUAA